ACGUCUCAUUGGUUUAGGGAGCGCAUGCUCCCCACUCUUUAGCUUCCCAUUGGGCUGUUCAAGCAGAGCAGGGGCGUGGCUGCUGGGGUUCCGCCCAACCCCUCGGCCCAGUCUCGGGGUUCAGGGUUGAGGGAGCAGGACGGAAGCGAGCGGGUUCCGCCCCUUCCCCCGCUGCUCCGGGUUCGAGCCGCCGCCGCCGCCUCCGCCGCGCGCUCUCCGGCUCGCCGGAGUCCCAGUGCCGUGCCUCGGUCCCCGGCCACGCGGAGCCGGGAUGCGCUGCUCCUGCUGCGGGCUCUCAUCAUGGAGACCAAACGGGUGGAGAUUCCCGGCAGCGUCCUGGACGAUCUCUGCAGCCGAUUUAUUUUGCAUAUUCCCAGCGAGGAAAGAGACAAUGCAAUCCGAGUGUGUUUUCAGAUUGAACUUGCCCAUUGGUUUUACUUGGAUUUCUACAUGCAGAACACACCAGGAUUACCUCAGUGUGGGAUAAGAGACUUUGCUAAAGCUGUCUUCAGUCACUGCCCAUUUUUGCUGCCUCAAGGUGAAGAUGUGGAAAAGGUUUUGGAUGAAUGGAAGGAAUAUAAAAUGGGAGUGCCAACAUAUGGUGCAAUUAUUCUUGAUGAGACACUUGAAAAUGUACUACUCGUUCAGGGGUACCUAGCAAAAUCAGGCUGGGGAUUUCCAAAAGGAAAAGUAAACAAAGAAGAAGCUCCUCAUGAUUGUGCUGCUAGAGAGGUCUUUGAAGAAACUGGUUUUGAUAUCAAAGACUAUAUUUGUAAGGAUGAUUACAUUGAACUUCGAAUCAAUGACCAGCUUGCUCGUUUGUACAUCAUUCCGGGAGUUCCAAAAGAUACAAAAUUUAACCCGAAAACCAGAAGAGAAAUUCGGAACAUUGAGUGGUUCUCCAUUGAGAAAUUGCCUUGUCAUAGAAAUGACAUGACCCCCAAAUCCAAACUUGGUUUGGCACCUAAUAAAUUUUUUAUGGCCAUUCCUUUUAUCAGGCCACUAAGGGACUGGCUUUCCCGAAGGUUUGGAGAUUCCUCAGACAGCGACAAUGGAUUUUCCUCAACUGGUAGCACACCAGCUAAACCCACUGUGGAAAAAUUGAGUCGAACCAAAUUCCGCCACAGUCAGCAGUUAUUUCCUGAUGGUUCUCCUGGUGACCAGUGGGUGAAGCACAGGCAGCCGCUGCAGCUGCAGCAGAAGCUGUGUAAUAAUCAUUUGGAAAUAUCUGACCUUUUAAAAGCAAAGAAUCAGAGUCUACGAGGAAAUGGCAGAAAACAGUAUCAAGAUUCACCUAAUCAAAAGAAGAGAACGAACGGGUUCCACAGCCAGCCAGCCAAGCAGCAGAACUCCUUGAUGAAAUGUGAAAAGAAACUUCAUCCGCGAAAACUUCAGGAUAAUUUUGAAACAGAUGCUGUUUAUGACUUACCUCGCUCCAGUGAAGACCAGUUGCUGGAACAUGCCGAGGGGCAGUCUGUGGCAUGUAAUGGACAUUGCAAGUUCCCCUUCUCAUCCAGAGCCUUUUUGAGUUUCAAGUUUGAUCAUAAUGCUAUAAUGAAGAACUUGGACCUUUGAUAGCAGCAGACAUAGAAGUCCCAAGGCAGCUACCAGGUUGCUAUGUGGGAGCAGAGGGAAAUGAGAAUGAAGAGUCAUCUAAG